UAAUCGUUUCCUGUUUUACGUUGUGCGCGGUUGCCAGAGCGCUUGGUCUCAUUUUACUCGUGCGACGUAAAGGACUUCAUCCCGAAGGUUGAGAAGAAGAAGAAAAAAUGUAACUGUUUCAUUCUGGAGGAGCUUCUUUUCUCGAUCCAGGCUUAAAUUGACGGAUUGUUUUUCUGGGGACUUUUUGAUUCACUUUGUUCUUCUCUUCUUCCACUCGCCCAAAGCACCACCAUUUCAAAGACAUGUCCCAGAAAUUGACCGGUUCUGAUGCUCAGAAAGGCUUUGCUGUUGGCCGUGGGCUUUUGGCUGCCGCUGAGACUUUGAACUUUAGUAUGGGUGAGUCGCACUCGGACCCCUACGGCUCGUCUUCCCAGUCACAUAGUGGCAUGUCUGGUCUGGGUGGAGGGGAGGGAAAAGACCACGACUCUCAGCUGCACCGCCGAGCAGGUAGCCACAUUAGCAAUACCAUGAAACUGUUCGCCAGCCUAGGUCUGUCACCGACUGAUCUGGACGCACUAGCACAGGUUCCAGAGGAGAACAUCAGUGUGGAGACCUUGCCCCAUCUUAUCAUGCAACUUAAGAACCGCAAGAUGGAAGCUGGCCGCCACAUUGCUAGCGAUCUGCCAAGUCUUUCUUCAGAAACUUCAUACAGAGGCGGCCGAGACGAUUGGGGCGACAUGCAGGGUGGAAGGUUGGACCGUCCCAGUGGGCAGGCUCAAAGCCGCUCACAAGGUGACUUCGGUUAUACUUCCAUGCAAGAAACAUCUGGUCGAGGGUACGACAUGUUAGAUUACAGGAGUGGUAGCGGCAGAGACCGCCAAUAUUCUGAGCUUUCCCGUGACUCCUACCGCAACCUUGGCAUGUCAACAUCAUCAACAUCUGACGACAUGUUCAUGCAGAGAAGAAUGGGCUCCCCGUCUCAGAGAAAAGUGCAGGAUUUCUUGGGAGUCAUGCCCCUCAUGUUUCCCCAUGUGUGCUCCCUUUGUGAUUUUGAUGUGCACUCUGUCAUGGAAUGGACUCAACACACGACUGGGAUUCGUCACUCCGAAAACCGCAAACUCCUUCUGCAAAUGUACCCGGACUGGGAUCCUCAAAUGCCCUCUAGUCGCAUGUCGACAUCCCUUUCCAUGGACUCAAAGAGUCGUUCGGAUGGAUUGCUGGGACCAGCUCCAGUUGGUGGUGGUCUACAGAGAACAGGGAUGAGCUCCAGCUGGGGUUCUGAUUCCAGUGUGGGAAUGACAAGUAAAAUGACAUCAUAUGCAGCGGCACCCAAGAUAAGAAGUAGGGUGGUCGUGGCAAAAUACGAAAGAAAACCGAUGUCAACAAACAGCCUGUUUGACUUGGCAAAACCCUUUGGCACCAUCUGUGAGCAUCUAAUACUGAAAAACAAGGCUUUCCUAGAGCUGCAGACUCACGAGGAGGCUUUGGCCAUGGCUAAUUAUUAUCAGCGAAAACCAGCCAUUUUGCAUGGGAAAGAGAUACACAUUUAUUUGUCAAAGGAACUAAUGGCAAUUGAGAAAAGUGGAAGGCCAGGCAGAGACACUAGGCCUGUUAAGAGAGGAGUCAGCCAGGUGGUGUUUUUCUCCAAUUUACCACGAGGCAGUGACAAGAAAAUGGAGCUCCUCACAAUAUCUCGUAGAUUUGGCACUGUUGAGAAACAUCUCUUUCUUAAUGAUGAGGCAUUUGUUCAAAUGGGCAAUGCUGAGGAUGCAGAGAUGUUGGUGAAGUACUACACUGUCAAUCCUUUGACUAUCAAUGGAAGAUCUAUUCGACUGAACAUCUGCACAAAGUAUAAGACUCUAACGGUCCCACCAGGAAAGGGCGACCAAGGAAGGGAAGAACCAGCCCGUAAGAGCAGCGGUAGCAGCAGUGUCACCAGCAGAACUGGUGAUAAACCUUCAUCAAAGAAUCAAAGGUCCUCUACUUCCAAAGCCAGAGAGAGCUCUAAUGACAAAGAAGAGGAACCAAAGCCUGAGGAAGUAGAGGCCCUGGGAGACAGGGCAGGAGAUGAAGCUGAUGUUAUGGAAGCACGUGAUGGAGACGAAGAGGGUUUUGAUGAAGAUCCCUCUGCAGAUGAUGUCGACCUAUCAUGUGAUCCAGAGCAAACCAGUGAACAAGCACCAGAUAUUGAUGACGCCAACAUAGAGGAUGAGGAGGACCCUGAAGCGCAGCAAGCCAGAAAUGAAUCCAGCGAAGAGACCACAGAAAACCAAAAAGACUCUGGUGAAAAACAGGAAGAGACUCCACUGGAGGAACCAACGACAUCUGAGGCUGAGCAGGAGAACACAGAUGAGCUUCCUAAAGACCCUCAGGAACAGAAUGAUGACCAACCUGAAGAUGAGGGUGCUGAAGAGGACAAUGAAGAGCAGGACAGUCAAACUGAAACUGACUUUCCUGAGAAUAUGGAUGAGUUUGUUACUCUUGAUGAGCUAGGAGAGGAGGAGGAAGGCGAGAGACAAGACUCAAAGUCCAACGCUACAAACACAUCAGGAAGCUCCAAGGAUAGUGGAGGAUUGAGAGUUGUGAAUGUCGUUGGAUUUAAACGUGGCUACGGUUAUCUAGAUGAAAUCCUUAAUCUUGCCAAGCCAUUUGGUAAAGUGGUGCGGCACCUGGUCUUAGACGUGAGGCCUGAGGCAUUUCUGGAGUUCUCCAAUGAACAAGAGGCCAGAGCAAUGGUUAGUUUCUACAGUGGAAAUGUCUUACCAUCUGUGUGCGGAAAACCUGUGAAGGUUUUUCAUUCACACACCUAUGCAACCAUCCAGAGUGGCAGAGUCAUCUACAUUGGUAAUGUUCCACCCUUCAAAGGCUCAGAUGCAUCACUUCUUAAAAUCGCAGAACCAUUUGGAAACAUCAGAAGAUAUUUUCUGAAUCCAUUGCGCAAUGAGUGCUUCAUUGAGAUGGAAAGAGGGGAAGAUGCUGAGAAAAUGGCAGAGGCCUACAAAGAAAAUCGACCUAAAUUUGAAGGCAAACGACUGGUUGUCUACGUGAGCAGGAAAUAUAAGCAGCUCAAACGUGGACAAAGACCUCCAAGCCCAGAGACCGAGGAUAAACGGACACUCAAGAGAGAACGCUCCGGAGAGGAUGAGGCCCAGAGGAACUCCUCUGGGAAAAGUAAGGACAAAAAAGAGGAAGAACCUUCUGUCAAGAAGAUCAAAGUGGACGAGCCUGUCGCUGAUAAAGCUAAGGAGAUGGAGAGUCAUGAAGAGAAGGAAAGCCAAAAUGUUUCAGCAGAAAUUGUUCCUGAGGAGAAGAAAGAGUCAGAGGAGAAACAAAGCGAAGACACAUCAGAGCUCCAGAAUAUGGAGACUGAACCUGAGGCUGAAGAUGAAGAAACUGUUGCUUCAGAGAAGAGUGUGAAGACCGAGGAAAAGACCAUUACAACAGCACCAUCUGAAUUAAAGCUUGAAACUAGCCAUUCUACUCUAGAGCCAUAUGAUCCUAAUGUCCCAGUGGGUGUGGAGUUUGUGAAGAUGGGGUACUACUGCAGAAUCUGCUUCCUGUUUUACUCUAAUGAGGACACUGCUAAGAAAAUUCACUGCAGUAGCCAAGCACACUACGAUAAACUUAAGAAAUAUUUGGAAAAGGAGAAAGCCAAAGCACAGAGUAACGGGACGAAGAAAUGAACCAUUGACGCUGGAACAUCUGUUAAUAUGUCUAUUAUGUCCCUGUGAUCGCGUUUUCUUUUUUUCAGUAUGUUUGAUUUUUUUCUAAAAAAAUUAUUAGACUGAGGCAUUGCUUCUUUUAAUGUAGUAAUGAAAGCUGGUGCAUUCAUAAGCAAUUCCUAGCUGUUCAGUCAUAGCAAAUUAGAUGUGAAGUUGAACACAUUUUAUGCCUUAAUUGCUAGUACUGUUUUUGUUUUUUCUUUCUUUUAUUAAACUUCCAGCAUUCCUCAUA